AUGCCGCUAAUUGAAGGUGAUUAUGAAAGAGAUGAUUCUAUGUCUAAGACUUUAACGGAAAUGAAGGACGGUGUUGGUGGUGUUUUGGGAGACUCGUAUUUUGUAGACCAGUCCUCGGACCAGCCUUCUAAAAGAUCCUCUGGUGAAACGUCAAUAUGUCACGUAUGGAAAGAACUACUGGACAACACGUCAAUGCACGGCGUCAGCCGGAUAUUCCGCCGGAAGACCAUUUUUCAUGGAAUUUUUUGGACUGCUAUGAUGGUGUUCAUGCUUGUUUGCCUUACAUUGGUCCUCGUUGCUUUUUCCACGUCGUAUUUUUCCUACGAAACACUGAUCAACUUCAAGGUGGAAAUGGCCACUGAUAUGGAAUUUCCUACCAUAACCAUCUGCAAUGUAAGUCCGAUAAACAUUUCAAAAAUUCAAAACGCCAGUGUCAUAUACGAAUACCAAUUAGCUAAAGAGGGGUAUGGCGAGAGUUUUGGAAAGGAAAUUAAUAUUUCCGAUCCAAAGUACGCCAUUUUACAUGAGCCUAGAAACGACUCCUGGUUGAUGGACACAAGCUUCGAUCUUAGAUCUAUGAUAUUCAGUUGCAAGUUUGCAGGAAAAGAGAACUGUUAUCAGUUUAUAGAAAAAAGAAAAACGGACGUUGGUAUGUGCUUUUCGUUCAAUGGCCCGUCACAGAAUCCUCCCGCUGUAAGCAGAAUAACCGGAAGUAAAAAAGGACUGUCGAUGUUUGUAAACUUGGACCAGGAUAAUUAUGUCGUUGGAAAUAACAAGGGCGCUGGAUUACAGUCUGCCAGGAAAUGUCUUAUACAGGUCCUCAAUGUAGGAGGUGACGAAAUCAUCUGUACCAUCGCCCAGGAAGAUAGGUGUGCUUUUGGAACGAGAGAUGUAUUUGAUGGCAGUCCCAAAUUUCAGGCUGCGUGUAAUUGUCUCAUACCAUGUGAAGAGGUGGAAUUUGAAAAAGAGAUCUCGUCUGCCCAGUUUCCCUCAGAAAAAUUCCGAGAAAGUAAAGCAGAGAACCAAUAUGGUUACAAUUUCUACAGACACUACCAAAUAAAACUACGGCACUACCAGAGUAAAGCAGAGAACCAAUAUGGUUACAAUUUCUACAGACACUGUCAAAUAAAACCUGUGCCCAAUAAUGCUCCAGAAACUUAG